AGGAAAAGAGUGCUGGUCCCAUGCCAGGCGCACUCCCUACGUUCAGCCCAAAAAAUGUUCUCCUUUUUUUCCAGGAUCAAUGAUUCAUCUCCAUGAGAGACUCUGUUGGUCAGUCCAGUACGAGGCCGUCAGCGAGCAGAGCAGCCGCCCUCUGGAACAGCCCUCUGACUGAGGAGACAAGGUGGGAAAAGAGAGAGAAGGAGAGAGAGAAAUAACAAGGGAGCAACCGGCAUAGAAAGAAAGGAGAAAAUAAAGAGAAAUACCUUUCCAGGAGGAGUACGGGGGGGAACAAUCCUAAGGAAAAGGAAAAGAGGGGGGGGGGGACAGAUUAAAAGAAGGCAGCGUUUCGCAAAAGAGGGAGAGAAUGAAGGCUCUUCAGAAGAACCAGGGUCGGACUGACCAGAUGUUGGGUGCCAUGGCUGACAUGCUAACCUCCCUGGCGUUGCCCAACCAGCAGUGGCUUGCUGACAGCAGUGAGCCUGACCCCCCAGCAGCCUUGACCGGUGUGGAGGGGAUGGAGGCCAUCGGCCCGGACCCCAGCCCAGCCUCGUGGGUACAGGCAGGGCCGGUCUGGGAGACCAGGUCCCCCGGCAACCUGGAGAGGGGACGACAGAGGACAGACUCGUACUCAGCAGCGGGCAGCGAGGGCAGCAUCUCUACCUCCGUGGCGUCCCUGCCCCCCCAGGCCUCCAGUAGCUCCGCCCCCAGCUCCCCGGCCUCCCGCCGCUCCGUCAGCACCCUGAAGAAGUGGCUGACCAAUCCUGUGCGCAAGCUGAGCGCCGGCGCCGCCAGCGUGGGCGGGGCCAAGGGGGAGCGGCACGUCCGCAGGCUGGAGGGCAAGCCCCCUCCGCUGCCCCCGUGCAGCCGCAGCCUGGACCAGUGCAGCCCCUCCGGCCCUGACGAGCACCUCACCGUCCUUCCCGUCACCCGCAAACAACUGGAGUGGAGGGGUGGCCUGGCCAGUCCUGAGGACCUGUCUCCUGGCAUGCUGCAGUCUCCCAGCUACCUAGCAGACUCUUUACAGGGCUGCACACUGCUGACUCAUCCACAGGACACUCAACCCACCAACGCCUUGCUCGAGGACGACAGCUCCGUCCAGAUGGACGACGCCUCCAGCCAAUCAUCGGCCGUGGCCGACACCGAGGAGGAGAGGAGGAGUGCCUUAGAAAAAAGCAUGUACGUGCUGACGGAGUUGAUCGAGACAGAGAAGCUGUACGUGGGAGACCUGGCUCUCAUCGUGGAGGGCUACAUGGGCACCAUGAGCUCCAGAGGAAUACCCGAGGACAUGAAGGGAAAAGACAAGAUUGUGUUUGGGAACAUUCACCAGAUCUUCGACUGGCACAAAGACUAUUUUAUGGCCGAGCUGGAGAAGUGUGUGUCUGAACCAGAGAGACUGGCCCAGCUCUUCAUCAAACACGAGAGGCGUCUUCACAUGUAUGUGGUGUACUGUCAGAACAAGCCGAAGUCAGAACACAUCGUCUCAGAGUACAUUGAGACCUACUUUGAGGAGCUUCGGCUGCAGCUGGGCCACAGGCUGCAGCUCAACGACCUGCUCAUCAAGCCUGUCCAGAGGAUCAUGAAGUACCAGCUGCUGCUCAAGGACUUCCUGAAGUAUUACACCAAGGCUGGGAUGGACACAGAGGAGCUGGAGAAAGCCGUCGAGGUCAUGUGCUUUGUGCCCAAACGCUGCAAUGACAUGAUGAACGUGGGUCGACUACAAGGCUUUGAGGGGAAGAUCACGGCCCAGGGGAAGCUCCUUCAGCAGGACACCUUUACCGUUAUCGAGCAGGACAGCAGCUUCCUGUCCCGCGCCAAGGAGAGGCGGGUCUUCCUGUUUGAGCAGCUGGUCAUUUUCAGCGAGCCAAUCGACCGCAAGAAAGGUUUCUCGUUGCCGGGCUACAUCUUCAAGAGCAGCAUUAAGGUGAGCUGUCUCGGGGUGGAGCCCAGCGUGGAGGGGGAGCCGGGCCGCUUCGUGUUGACGUCUCGCGGGACCGACGGCAGCGUGGUGCGCUUCCAGCUGCAGGCUGCCUCGGCCGAGGUGGCCACGGCUUGGGUCGACGCCGUGGGGCACAUCCUGGAGACCCAGCGCAACUUCCUCAACGCCCUGCAGUCGCCUAUCGAGUACCAGCGGCGCGAGAGCAAGUCCAACAGCCUGGGCCGCAGCAUGAGGCCCACCCUGUCCUCCACCGCCGCCCUGCGGCCUCACUCCUCCGCCUCCAUCGACCGCCAGCGCCUGCCCUGCCUGCGCUCCUACAACACCUCCCUCCCCACCCUCUACCUGCCCAGCCAGGGCCAGAUCCAGGCCCCCGCUGACAGACACCGCGAGUCUACACUGGUCCAUAAUUGCCAAGCGGAGGUCAACUCCCAGACAGUCUCCCCAUCACACAUUCAGCUGGCCUUCCCUGACCAGGCUGUGCCGCUACACUGCCAAACUGUCACCAACGGGUUGUUCGGCCCCGCCAUGCAGAACACACAGCAGAGAGCAGGAGAGGGCUGUCGCAGGGGCCUUCAUGAGGCAGGAACCCACACUCCCGCGGUCGGCCCGGCCCCUUCCUCUGGACGGCGCUCCAGCAACCUGACCCAGCUGGCUGAGGACGACCUAUGAACUCUGGGGGGGGG